AUGAAAUUGCACCAACAACCCGAGUUGAGGGUUAAAGAAACUGCACCAACAACCCAUGUUGAGGCUAUAGAAACUGCACCAACAACCCGUGUUGAGGCAAUAGAAACUGCACCAACAACCCGUGUUGAGGCUAUAGAAACUGCAUCAACAACCCGAGUUGAGGCUAAAGAAAUUGCACCAACAACCCGAGUUGAGGUUGAGGCUAUAGAAACUGCACCAAUAACCCGAGUUGAGGCUAUAGAAACUGCACCAACAACCCGUGUUGAGGCUAUAGAAACUGCAUCAAUAACCCGAGUUGAGGCUAUAGAAACUGCACCAACAACCCGUGUUGAGGCUAUAGAAACUGCAUCAAUAACCCGUGUUGAGGCUAUUGAAACUGCACCAACAACCCGUAUUGAGGCUAUAGAAACUGCACCAACAACCCGUAUUAAGGCUAAAGAAAUUGCAUCAAUAACCCGAGUUGAGGCUAUUGAAACAGCAUCAACCACCCGCGUUGAGGCUAUAGAAACUACACCAACAGCCCGUGUUGAGGCGUUAGAAACUGCACAAUUAAUCCGAGUUGAGGCUAUAGAAACUGCACCAUCAACCCGAGUUGAGGCUAUAGAAACUGCAUCAACCACCCGCGUUGAGGCUUUAGAAACUGCAUCAACCUCCCGAUUUGUGGCUAUAGAAACUGCAUCAACCAACCGUGUUGAGGCAAUAGAAUCUGCACCAACAACCCGUGUUGAGGCUAAAGAAACUGCACAAACAACCAGUGUUGAGGCUAUAAAAACUGCAUCAACAACCCGUGUUGAGGCUAAUGAAAUUGCACCAACAACCCGAGUUGAGGAAACUGCACCAACAACCCGUGUUGAGGCUAUAGAAACUGCACCAACAACCCGUAUUAAGGCUAAAGAAAUUGCAUCAAUAACCCGAGUUGAGGCUAUAGAAACUGCACCAACAAUCCGAGUUGAGGCUAUAGAAACUGCACCAACAAUCCGAGUGGAGGCUAUAGAAACUGCACCAAUAAUCCGAGUUGAGGCUAUAGAAACUGCACCAAGUAUCCGAGUUGAGGCUAUAGAAACUGCACAAACAAUCCGAGUUGAGGCUAUAGAAACUGCACCAACAACCCGAGUUGAGGUUGAGGCUAUAGAAACUGCACCAACAGCCCGUGUUGAGGCGAUAGAAACUGCACAAACAAUCCGAGUUGAGGCUAUAAAAACUGCACCAUCAACCCGAGUUGAGGCUAUAGAAACUGCAUCAACCACCCGCGUUGAGGCUUUAAAAACUGCAUCAACCUCCCGAUUUGUGGCUUUAGAAACUGAAUCAACAAUCAGUGUUGAGGCAAUAGAAACUGCACCAACAACCCGUGUUGAGGCUAAAGAAACUGCACCAACAACCCGUUUUGAAGCUAUAGAAACUGCACCAACAACACGCGUUGAGGCUAUACAAACUGCACCAACAACCCGUGUUGAGGAUACAGAAACUGCACCAACAAUCCGAGUUGAGGCUAUAGAACUUGCACCAACAACCCGUUUUGAUGCUAAAGAAACUGCACCAACAACCCGUGUUGAGGCUAAAGAAACUGCACCAACAAUCCGAGUUGAGGCUACAGAAACUGCACCAACAACCCUUGUGAGGCUUUAG